AUGAGCAGCAUUGGCUGGCAAACACUGUCCCUGUCGCUGGGGUUAGUGUUGUCGAUUUUGAACAAGGUGGCGCCGCAGGCGUGCCCGGCCCAGUGCUCCUGUUCAGGCAGCACGGUGGACUGUCAUGGGCUGGCACUACGCAGUGUGCCCAGGAAUAUCCCCCGCAACACCGAGAGACUGGAUCUGAAUGGAAAUAACAUCACAAGGAUUACGAAGACAGACUUUGCUGGUCUCAGGCACCUCAGAGUUCUUCAGCUCAUGGAGAACAAGAUCAGCACCAUUGAGAGGGGAGCUUUCCAGGAUCUGAAGGAGCUGGAGAGACUGCGUUUAAACAGAAAUAACCUUCAGUUGUUUCCUGAGCUGCUAUUUCUUGGGACUGCGAAGCUCUACCGGCUUGAUCUCAGUGAAAAUCAAAUUCAAGCAAUUCCAAGGAAGGCUUUCCGUGGGGCAGUUGACAUUAAAAAUCUGCAACUGGAUUACAACCAGAUCAGCUGCAUCGAAGAUGGGGCCUUUAGAGCACUGAGAGACCUAGAAGUACUCACUCUCAACAAUAACAAUAUUACUAGACUUUCAGUGGCAAGUUUCAACCAUAUGCCUAAACUUAGGACAUUUCGACUCCAUUCAAACAACCUGUACUGCGACUGCCACCUGGCCUGGCUCUCGGACUGGCUUCGCCAACGGCCUCGGGUGGGCUUAUACACUCAGUGUAUGGGCCCAUCCCACCUGAGGGGCCACAAUGUAGCAGAGGUUCAAAAACGAGAAUUUGUCUGCAGUGAUGAGGAAGAAGGUCAUCAGUCAUUCAUGGCUCCCUCCUGCAGUGUUCUGCACUGCCCUACUGCCUGUACCUGUAGCAACAAUAUUGUAGACUGCCGAGGAAAAGGCCUUACUGAGAUCCCCACAAAUCUUCCUGAGACCAUCACGGAAAUACGCUUGGAACAGAACUCCAUCAGGGCCAUCCCUCCCGGAGCUUUCUCGCCAUAUAAAAAGCUCAGAAGAAUAGACCUGAGCAAUAAUCAGAUCUCGGAGCUUGCCCCAGAUGCCUUCCAGGGACUGCGCUCUCUGAAUUCACUUGUCCUGUAUGGAAAUAAAAUCACAGAACUCCCAAAAAGUUUAUUCGAAGGACUAUUUUCCUUACAACUACUAUUAUUGAAUGCCAACAAGAUAAACUGCCUUCGGGUAGAUGCUUUUCAGGACCUGCACAACUUGAACCUUCUCUCGUUAUAUGACAACAAACUUCAGACUGUUGCCAAGGGCACCUUCUCAGCUCUCAGAGCCAUCCAAACUAUGCAUUUGGCCCAGAACCCUUUCAUUUGUGACUGCCAUCUCAAGUGGCUAGCGGAUUAUCUACACACCAACCCAAUUGAGACCAGCGGUGCCCGUUGCACCAGUCCCCGCCGCCUGGCUAACAAAAGAAUUGGACAGAUCAAAAGCAAGAAAUUUCGUUGUUCAGCUAAAGAACAGUAUUUCAUUCCAGGCACAGAAGAUUAUCGAUCAAAAUUAAGUGGAGACUGCUUUGCAGACUUGGCUUGUCCUGAGAAGUGUCGCUGUGAGGGGACCACAGUAGAUUGCUCCAAUCAAAAACUCAACAAAAUCCCAGACCAUAUUCCCCAGUACACAGCGGAGCUGCGACUCAAUAAUAAUGAAUUUACAGUGUUAGAAGCUACAGGGAUAUUUAAGAAACUUCCUCAGUUACGUAAAAUCAACUUUAGCAACAAUAAGAUCACCGAUAUCGAGGAGGGAGCAUUUGAAGGCGCAUCUGGCGUGAAUGAAAUUCUUCUCACCAGUAACCGUUUGGAAAAUGUUCAGCAUAAGAUGUUCAAAGGAUUGGAAAGCCUCAAAACAUUGAUGCUGAGAAGUAAUCGAAUAAGCUGUGUUGGGAACGAGAGUUUCAUAGGACUCGGCUCUGUGCGUCUGCUUUCUUUAUAUGACAAUCAAAUUACUACAGUUGCACCAGGGGCAUUUGAUACUCUCCAUUCCUUAUCUACACUAAACCUCUUGGCCAAUCCUUUCAACUGUAACUGUCAUCUGGCAUGGCUGGGAGAAUGGCUCAGGAGGAAAAGGAUUGUAACAGGAAAUCCGCGGUGCCAAAAGCCCUACUUCCUCAAGGAAAUCCCAAUCCAAGAUGUAGCCAUUCAGGACUUCACCUGUGAUGAUGGGAACGACGACAACAGUUGCUCGCCGCUCUCUCGCUGUCCUUCGGAAUGUACUUGCUUGGAUACAGUAGUCCGAUGUAGCAACAAGGGCUUGAAGUUCCUGCCGAAAGGCAUCCCAAGAGAUGUCACAGAGCUGUAUCUGGAUGGGAAUCAGUUUACCCUGCUCCCCAAGGAGCUCUCCGACUACAGACAUUUAACACUCAUAGACUUAAGUAACAACCGAAUAAGCACACUUUCCAAUCAAAGCUUCAGCAACAUGACCCAGCUUCUCACCCUAAUUCUCAGUUACAACCGUCUGAGAUGUAUUCCUCCACGAACCUUUGAUGGAUUGAAGUCUCUUCGGUUACUGUCUCUACAUGGAAAUGAUGUUUCCGUUGUGCCAGAAGGCGCCUUCAAUGACCUUUCAGCUUUAUCACACUUAGCGAUUGGAGCCAACCCUCUUUACUGUGAUUGUAACAUGCAGUGGUUAUCCGACUGGGUGAAGUCGGAAUAUAAGGAACCUGGAAUUGCUCGCUGUGCUGGUCCUGGAGAAAUGGCAGAUAAAUUGUUACUCACAACUCCCUCCAAAAAAUUUACAUGUCAAGGUCCCGUGGAUGUUACUAUUCAAGCCAAGUGUAACCCCUGUUUAUCCAAUCCAUGUAAAAACGAUGGCACCUGUAACAAUGACCCAGUCGAUUUUUAUCGAUGCACCUGCCCAUACGGUUUCAAGGGGCAGGACUGUGAUAUUCCGAUCCACGCCUGUAUCAGUAACCCAUGUAAACAUGGAGGAACUUGCCAUUUAAAAGAAGGAGAGAAUGAUGGAUUCUGGUGCGCUUGUGCUGAUGGUUUUGAAGGAGAAAACUGUGAAGUCAAUGUUGAUGAUUGUGAAGAUAAUGACUGUGAAAAUAAUUCUACAUGUGUUGACGGGGUUAACAACUACACAUGCCUUUGCCCACCGGAGUACACAGCUGCUAAUCUGAAUGAGGUGGAAAAAGGCGAACUGUGUGAGGAAAAGCUGGACUUCUGUGCGCAGGACCUGAACCCCUGCCAGCAUGACUCCAAGUGCAUCCUGACACCAAAGGGAUUCAAGUGUGACUGCACUCCGGGGUACAUUGGUGAGCACUGCGACAUUGACGUUGAUGACUGCAAAGAUAACAAGUGUAAAAACGGAGCUCACUGCACGGACGCGGUGAAUGGUUACACGUGCGUCUGCCCUGAAGGCUACAGUGGCUUGUUCUGUGAGUUUUCUCCACCCAUGGUCCUCCCUCGCACCAGCCCUUGUGAUAAUUUUGAUUGUCAGAACGGAGCUCAGUGCAUCAUCAGGAUCAAUGAGCCAAUAUGUCAGUGUUUGCCUGGCUACCUGGGGGAGAAGUGUGAAAAAUUGGUCAGUGUGAACUUUGUAAACAAAGAGUCCUAUCUCCAGAUUCCUUCAGCCAAGGUCCGGCCUCAGACGAACAUUACACUUCAGAUUGCCACAGAUGAAGACAGCGGCAUCCUCCUGUAUAAAGGUGACAAAGACCACAUUGCUGUGGAACUCUACCGAGGGCGAGUUCGAGCCAGCUAUGACACCGGCUCUCACCCGGCUUCGGCCAUUUACAGUGUGGAGACAAUCAAUGAUGGAAACUUCCACAUUGUGGAGCUUCUGACCCUGGAUUCGAGUCUUUCCCUCUCCGUGGAUGGAGGAAGCCCUAAAGUGAUCACCAACUUGUCAAAACAAUCUCCUCUGAAUUUUGACUCCCCACUUUACGUAGGAGGCAUGCCUGGGAAGAAUAACGUGGCAUCUCUGCGCCAGGCCCCUGGGCAGAACGGUACCAGCUUCCAUGGCUGUAUCCGGAACCUUUACAUCAACAGUGAGCUGCAGGACUUCCGGAAAGUGCCCAUGCAAACCGGAAUUCUGCCUGGCUGUGAGCCAUGCCACAAGAAAGUGUGUGCCCACGGCACGUGCCAGCCCAGCAGCCAAUCAGGCUUCACCUGUGAAUGUGAGGAAGGGUGGAUGGGGCCUCUCUGUGACCAGCGAACCAAUGACCCCUGCCUAGGAAACAAAUGCGUACACGGCACCUGCUUGCCCAUCAAUGCCUUCUCCUACAGCUGUAAGUGCCUGGAGGGCCAUGGCGGUGUCCUUUGUGAUGAAGAAGAAGACCUGUUUAACCCCUGCCAGCUGAUCAAGUGCAGCCAUGGAAAGUGCAGGCUCUCUGGCCUCGGGCAGCCCUACUGUGAGUGCAACAGCGGAUACACCGGGGACAGCUGUGACAGGGAAAUUUCUUGCCGAGGGGAACGGAUAAGAGAUUAUUACCAGAAGCAGCAGGGUUACGCUGCCUGUCAGACAACAAAGAAAGUAUCUCGCUUGGAAUGUAAAGGCGGGUGUACUGGUGGGCAGUGCUGUGGACCUCUGAGGAGCAAGAGGCGGAAAUACUCCUUUGAAUGCACAGAUGGAUCCUCCUUUGUGGACGAGGUUGAGAAGGUGGUGAAGUGCGGCUGCGCGCGGUGUGCCUCCUAA